AGUGAGUCAGCCCAAGCUGCUCAAACCUGUUGAGUGUUUAGUCUUUUGCUAACCAGGAGUCCAAGCUCAGGAAUGAAAGUAGGAAGUAGGAUUUGGACUUGUCUGUGUUUACAAUGGGUCUGCAUGUUUUAGAACAUGAUGGAUGCAUCUGACUUCUUCCUGAAUCAUUGGCGGGCUUCAUCUACAUAACAAGUGGACUUUUUUUUUUUUCUCUUUAACUUUCAAAAGAGGAAAUUAGGCUGCUGCCAAAUAGCUUGUCCGGUCUACUGUACAGGGAGUGCAACGGCCUUUUAGGGCACUCGAUCCCUGCAGAAUAUCCCUAGACGACGAAAGGAUCUUCAGGACGAAAGGAUCUUCCAUGUUGGUUGCCAGGAUAAAGGGGAAGAAGGUUAAAAGACUCUUGGGAUGUGCGGCGGCUCAGCGAAGACCACAAGCGGGUCAGGGGGCUGGCAGCACCCAGCCCGAUGCGUGAGUGCGGCGGUUUCUGGCGCUGGGAGGCCUUACAGGACGCUGUUGCGCUCCAGGAUUCCAAAGCGUGCGAGGGUGGGAAGGGGCACUGAGCACACGGAGCUCGACCACAGUUGGUCCUGUUCCGAGUUUGACCUUAACGAGAUUCGCCUGAUCGUUUACCAGGACUGCGAAAGGAGAGGCAGACAAGUCUUGUUUGAUUCGAAAGCUGUUCACAAGAUUGAAGACGUUGCAACUCAGAAAACAGAGGAUGCUCCCAUUAAAAUGGCGACCAAGUGUUGCCAAGGAAGCAGCAGUGGCAGCAGCAGUGGCAGCAGCAGCAGUGGCUCUUUCCACAGUUGUUCUGGGGGAUCUUUACAACACAAUAAGGAGCAGCUUCCAAAGUACCAGUACACCCGACCAGCUUCUGAUGUCAACAUGCUGGGGGAGAUGAUGUUUGGCUCUGUUGCAAUGAGUUACAAAGGCUCCACGUUAAAGAUACACUAUAUACGUUCUCCUCCACAAUUGAUGAUUAGUAAAGUCUUCUCUGCAAGAAUGGGCAGCUUCUGUGGGAGUACAAAUAACUUGCAAGACAGCUUUGAAUACAUCAACCAAGAUCCUAACUCGGGGAAGCUGAACACAAGCCAGAAUAAUUUGGGUCCUUGUCGGACUGGCAGUAACCUAGGUCUGCUGCAAACAUGCAGCAGCAAGCUGCUGCAGGGGGUGACUGAAGGAGGACCGCUCCGGCUCACCCGCAGUGCUUCUUUCUUUGCAGCACACAGCACACCAGUUGACAUGCCCAGCAGAGGACAGAAUGAAGACAGGGACAGUGGCAUUGCUCGAUCAGCCUCACUGAGCAGCCUGUUGAUUACACCUUUUCCAUCGCCAAGCUCUUCUGCAUCCUCUUCUAGCAGCUACCAGCGCCGCUGGCUUCGAAGUCAGACUACAAGUUUGGAAAAUGGCAUUAUUCCAAGGAGGUCAAUUGAUGAGACAUUCAGCUUGGCUGAUGAAAGCUGUAGUUCCAAUCCAGCCAUUGUUCGGAGGAAGAAGAUUGCUAUAAGCAUCAUCUUUUCCCUGUGUGAAAAAGAAGAUGCUCAAAGAAAUUUCCAGGACUUCUUUUUUUCUCAUUUUCCCCUGUUUGAAUCUCACAUGAACAGGUUGAAAAGUGCAAUUGAAAAGGUCAUGAUUUCCUGUAGGAAGAUAGCAGAAUCAAGUCUCCGUGUCCAGUUUUAUGUCAGCCAUCUGAUGGAAGCUCUGGGAGAAUUCAGAAGGACUAUCUGGAACUUAUACUCUGUUCCAAGGAUAGCUGAACCUGUUUGGCUCACCAUGAUGUCCAGUACUUCAGAAAAAACCCAGCUCUGCCAGCGCUUUCUCAAGGAGUUUACACUUCUCAUAGAACAGAUCAACAAAAAUCAGUUUUUUGCUGCCUUACUGACUGCAGUGUUAACCUACCACCUGGCCUGGGUGCCGACUGUCAUGCCUGUGGAUCACCCUCCCAUUAAAGCUUUCUCCGAGAAACGCACCUCUCAGUCCGUGAACAUGCUAGCAAAGACGCAUCCCUACAAUCCUCUCUGGGCACAGUUGGGUGAUCUUUAUGGCGCCAUCGGCUCCCCAGUGAGGCUGACUCGCACUGUGGUGGUAGGGAAACAGAAGGAUUUGGUACAGCGCAUACUUUAUGUCCUGACCUACUUUCUCCGCUGCUCUGAGCUGCAAGAGAACCAGCUGAGUUGGAGCGGGAAUCACGGGGAAGGUGAACAAGUGUUAAACGGGAGCAAGAUCACCACAGCCUUGGAGAAGGGGGAGGUGGAGGAGUCUGAGUAUGUGGUGGUGACAGUGAGAAGCGAGCCUGCUCUCCUUCCCCCCAUCCUGCCGCCCUCAACCCCCACAGCUGAGGGGAGGGGCCUCAAACCUGAGGGGCUGCUUGGGACCCCAGAGGGCCCUGACCUUAUAGACUUGGGCCCCAAACCUGACAAAGAAGGAAGCAGGAGGCCAGAACAGAACUCUGAGGCCUGCAGCUUGGGGUUUCAGGAGCCAGCACUGACCAGCUCAUGGAAAUGUCAGGGGGACACGUUUUGUGAGGAAGAAGAAAGCUUGAGAGAGACAAGCGAAUAUAACUGUUCAAGAGUCUCCAGCUGUGAAGCCCUGGGGGUGACAGUGAAUGGUGGCCAGCAGACUGUCACUGUCAGUGAGGAAUCCAAAGGGGAGACGCCAAAAACAUCUCCAGACCAGGCAGUGGCCUGGCCUUGCCCUGACAGAUUUUCCCGGGACCAGCCUUCCUUGGAAAAGGUCACUUUCCAGAUUGGAAGCUCCGUGUCUCCAGAGUCUGACUUUGAAAGCCGUACAAGGAAGAUGGAGGAGCGGCUGCAGGCCUGCAGACAGCGUCCUGGGCUAGCUGGGCCCUCAGCUGUGGUCAGCAUGGUUGCUGACCCAGCUCAGGACCAGCAAGCCUCCAGGUGUUCCAUCACACAGGGAUCCCAAAACAGUGGCCUCUGUCCCCGGACUCAGUCUCCUGAAGGGGAUGAUGGUAACUCUGACAGGGGUUUUGCUGAGGACAGAGGCAUCAGAACUGAGGCAGCAGAUGUUGCAUCUGGGCAGGCCUGUAGGUUGUCCUUGAAUGACAGCGCGGCAGGAGUGGGACAGAGACCACCGGAGGACCCUGGAGGUUUGCAUUUGAAGGCUGUAGAGGAACAGCUGAUGGAGCCUGUUCCAAACAGGUGUGUCCAGCAGGACUUUGGUCUCUCAGUGGCUGCACAUGUCCCCUGUGGGGAUGCCCACAGAAAGGCUGACUUCAGGGUUGAGAGAGACAUUCCCAGGAAUGAAAGCUCGGAUAGCGCUCUUGGUGACAGUGACGAUGAUGCCUGUGCUUCCACUGCGCUGCACCCAGGUCACAGUGGGGACCAGGCUGAAGAGGCUGAGGAAGUGGAGCUGCCGUUGCCCAGGUCUCAGAGCAUCAGCAGCCCAAGCAUGAGAAACUUUGGCCGCUCUCUGCUAGCAGGUUACUGCCCCACCUACAUGCCAGACCUGGUGCUUCAUGGGACCAGUAGCGACGAGAAGCUGAAGCAGUGCCUGCUGGCCGACCUGGUCCAUACAGUGCAUCACCCGGUGCUUGACGAGCCAAUCGCCGAGGCUGUGUGUAUCAUCGCAGACACGGACAAGUGGAGCGUGCAGGUGGCCACGAGUCAGAGGAAAGUGAUGGACAGCAUGAAACUAGGCCAAGAUGUCCUUGUCUCCAGUCAGGUGUCCAGUUUACUUCAGUCCCUUUUACAGCUUUACAAGCUUCAUCUCCCUGCUGACUUCUGCAUCAUGCAUCUUGAAGACAGGCUGCAGGAAAUGUAUCUUAAGAGCAAGAUGCUGUCUGAAUAUCUUCGUGGACACACAAGAGUCCAUGUGAAAGAACUGGGUGUCGUACUGGGGUGAGUGCUGUGCACUGACACCAUUUCCCUCAGACCCA